AUGCUACAAAUGGUUAACGUUCGAAGGAUGCGAAAGUUUGCGAUGAUGUCAGUUUACGUUUGCCUCGUUUUAACAGUUUGCUAUCUGCCAAACAUUUGUACACUCUUUGCUGUUGCCUUCACUUCUAGACCAAGCACUGGCAUAAAACAUUUAACGUUUUACACUCUGACACUGGAGUUCCUUAAUUCGUCUCUUAAUCCUGUGAUCUACUGCUGGAAGAUGAAACACAUCCGACACACGAUCAUUGGCUUAAUAAGAAAUGCAUUUGCAAAGCAAAACUAAACAGAGCUUCAAAACAAUCCAUCUGGAAAUAAUAAACGAUAUGAAGGAACGACAACAACAACAACAAGAAACAAUAACAAAAGCAAAAUCGUGUUAUGUUAACCUUACAAUAAAAAAGAUAGAAUAGAAUAAAGAUGAACAAUAGAGAUUGUUGUAGUUCUCGUUAGAAUCAAUGAUUUAAAAAACAAUUUGCCUCGGAGUAAUAAUUUAUGUAUUGUAAAGAAACACGAAAGUUGUCAAAACUUUUAUAACAGUGAUGAAACUAAAUAUAGUAACGAUGUCGCCAUUUUGUUUCCCUCGAUCACGAUUAUGGCCAUCCCAAUAAAAUGUUUCGCUUCCCAUCGCCCUCCCUCUCGUGAAGGUGGGUCGGUCGGUCGGGCAAAAAAAAACAAAAAAGAAUGAACACAUGAUUGCAAAUUAAAUCUCACGUUUAGUCUGCAAGAUAUAAUAAGAUGGUAAAAGAUGUAUAUUAAGAGGACUAUCAAAUGUCUAAAAAGGCUACAAAAACGAAGUAUCAAUGAUAAUUUAAGACAAUUGGUCUUAAUAAGAUAAAAUCGUGGGCUUGUAAAUUAAAGUACUUGCUUCUUUACAAGUGAUUCUGGAAUUUUUUUUUUUUUUCUUUUUUUUACUUUUCCAAAAAAAAUGGGUCGGUCGGGCGAUGGGAAACGAAGCAUUAAAUUGGGAUGGCCUAUACGACUCAGUGACUAAGUUAAAGGUUUUUGUUUUUACUAGAUAAUUGUGUUAUUGAUGUACUGGUCUUGCCCCGCCACGACUAACUUUCCAGCUAUUUGCGGGGCAAACUAUUCAACUCUUGUAUUUUUGUAAAGAGAAUGAAGUUGCUGUUGUUGUUCUUGUUGUUUUUGUUGUUGACUAAGCGCCAGCACGACCAAAAAUUCAUUUUGUCGUGGCUCCUAAAAAUGCGUGCCGGGCAACUUUAGACUCACAAACACACAUAAAAAAGAGAGAAAAUGGGUCAGUUUCGAAUUAUCAGCAUUCAUACUUGGCUUGAAGGCUGCAGGGAAUAAAUCAAAAGAAAUGAAUUAUUAAACCCUGAACCUUAAUGCAAUUUCUUUUCUUUUAUACCCCACAGCCUCGCGGCCAAGUAUGGAUUUUUAUCACUGGAAACUACUAGCCUAUUCACAGACCUCCCAUUUUCUCUUUAGAAAUCGUCCAGUGCCCGUAUGAAAAUAGAAACCGCGGGUGUUUAAGCGCUAGCGUAAGGGUUGGUUUAUUUAAAGGUCGGUUUAUCCUGGAUUAUGAGCAAACACUGCAUACGAGUUUACGUGUCAUGGAAACCAACCCGCGUGGAGCCAAUCGUCCUUUGACCAACUUGGCCCAGUCCCACUCCUAUAGCGUGAAAGCGAAGAGCGCAACACUACUUUUAUUUUGAGCCAUUUCCAAUUUCAAAUCAAACAAAAUGGUGGCGGUUAAGGUACAUGAAACCUUUCAUUUCCCCAAAAUCGAAUCAGUUACGAUUUUUUUGUUUCUGCUUAAAGGUGUCCAAAAAAACAGUGGUCUUGAUUUGAAUCUCCUAUCGGGCGAUCUUUUUUCGGGGAAAGUCGGCGGACGCCUCCCAAACAAAAAGGGAAGAAGGAGCGGCUGAUCGCAGGUUGAACCAGAAUUUGCCAAGAAUAAGGAAGAGCAGAAGAGAGUCAAUGUAGUUUUACAAUACCUUGAGGAUGCGUUCGAUAGAUAAAAACAAAAACAUUAAAACGACUCCAAAAAACAUUUUCUUUUGUUUAAUUAUGACUAAACUGUGAGAGAAGGGGAAAAUGGUUGGGCAAGUUUGCCUGUUAUUACGAUGAAGUUUAUUUUUGUUAACAAAACUUCCUCUUUCCUAAUUGUUUGAAGUUUAGGAAGACCUAUAUACAAUUUUAAAAAUUGUUUGAAAAACAAAAAGGACAUCUGCAAGAAGACAGAAAUGCGCAUGCUCUGUCGACAAUUUGCUCGGUCGGGUGAGAUAAUUAAAGGCAGUCCCGCCGACAAAACAUGGUUGAAGUUUAAUAUGGAAACGAUUCCUCCUGCUUUCUAAAUACCUCAAAGUAUAGAAAAACCUAUGUUUCAAAGAGCAUUGAGACAAUCGUUUUACCACUUAGAUACCUUCAAAGUGCCCAACGACCCAGUACAGCUACGGGUUAGGGAACCAUUUCACAAGUAAAUAAAACAGCUGAAAUUUAACGAGUUGGAUAUUUAAAAUCUUUUCGCUCCCAAAAUUUUGUCAUGUUAGAUUGCAAUUCUGUAAAAAAUAUCAAAGAUUUCACUACUCUCAAGAGUACAGAAAAAACGUUAUUAUAAACUUCUGGGUAACAUUAAAGAAAUACGAAAGUUAAAAAAGUUCUCAUUUAUAUCACUAUUUGCGGAUGCGAUAAAGCGGUCCCUCCGCAAAAAGGUUCAAAGAGUUUGCCGGUGAUUAAAUUGAAGUUAAACUCUGAACGAAUACCUCCUGUUUUCUAAUUGCUUUGAAAUUGAGAAAAACAUAAUAACAAACAUGCAAACAAGAAUCGCCGAAAGGCGAUUUUAACUCGGCUGCCAAGGGGCGAUCUUUUCUGAGGGGAGGGGGCGGCUGGAAACUAAAGCGAACACCGCAACCCAAAGAAACAAAUAGGGCCAGUUAAGUAAACGGAGUUUAGCCAGUGUUCAACAAAACUGUGUUGUAACUCAUUUUCACUUACCCCAACACUUUUAUCUCAACACUAUUUAUCGUAACCAGUUUCUUGAAACAACCCACUAGGGAAGAUAUCUGGAGGUCCAAAGAUUUGCUAAACCGCGGCCUACGUUAAACUUCGUUUUAAUAACCGACCCAUAAUUUUUGGGGCCGCUUUGUUAAAAAACGAAGUGCAAAACAACACUGUCUAACAGCUUCUCUCUUCGACGUUACAAAUUCAAAAUGAAAGGAUAUCCGGAUUAUUUGGGGGUUCAUGGCUAAGGUGCAAGAUUAUUAAAUACUAAGACUAGACUAGGACUGUAAAGCCCUUAUGUUAAAGCGAAAAACUAGAAUUCUUUAAUAUAAGGGCAAUAAGCCUUAACACAUUCAUCAAAAUUAACUGGGCUAAAAGACUAACGAGGAACAGUUUUUUUCUUAUAUUUCAAUCGACCGCUUUUAGUCCCAACCAAUAAACAACAUGUCAUUUUGCAAUAAAUUUUAAUGAAUAUGACUUUCUUUUAAAAUACAGCAUAUGGAGCAUACACAAGGGUGAAGGACAGUUUUGUCCUUUUUAGCAUUUCGUUUGUUCGGACGCAAUAUAGCCAUAUAGUGGCCCCAAUAAAGAAAAAAAAAUUCAGACAUGACUUAACUGUCAAAGGUGGGAAAAAUGGAGGGGCAAGUUUCCUGUGUUUUAGUUCACGUUAAUUUAUACAAAACAUCCUGUUUUUAAAUUGGUAUGAAGCUACAAUUUGUCUUGAAAAUAACCAAGAGAUCUAUUCCGACAAUUAGACCAGCAAUACUUAAUGAUCAGUCGUCGCGUCAUUGCGUUAAGAUGAAAUGUUUCAGAGUGGCCUAGUUAAAAAGGAAUUUAGUCAAAGUACUUAUCAAAUGCUAUCCUAUGGAAAGUCGUGGGGUUCUAAAAAUAAGUCAUUCCGCUACGAAGCUCUGGUAGAAGAAGUCCACGAAACUGAUUCUACUGAAUUCAUAAAAUAUCAAACUCUGGCAUCAUCUGAUAGGAAUUUAACCGACUUCAGCACAAAUCCAAGAGGGACAACAAAUGGAUUCCUCGUAUCUCCUAGUUUGCCUUUUAAAUGCAUUUUUAUUCUUUCACCACCACCAUGCUAAACAUUGUUACAAUCCACGCCAUAAGAAAAACUCCGACCUUGUCAAAGAAUUUAAAAACAUUGCACCUGAGCAUGGCUGUUUCUGAUCUUGGUGUUGGGUUACUAACUCAGCCAAUGGGAACUUUAGACUCAAAAACACAAACAAAAGGGAGAAAAUGGGUCAGUUUCGAAUUAUCAAAAUUCAUACUUGGCUCGGAGGCUGCAGGGAAUAAAAGAAAAUAGAAUUGAGUAGCAAAUGAAUUUCAUCUCAACAUCAACAACAACACCAACAACAAAAGAAGUAGUUCUUAAACUUACUUGCGUUUAAUGGUGGGGUGCAAAACCAAUGAUAAACUGUCCACGAAUAGUUUAUGUCGUCGAUAUUACAAAUUGCAAAUACAACACAAGUUAAUGAAAGAGUUGGGGGACCAUAUGAUAUGUAAAUUAAACAGCUAAAAUUUUCCGAGUUGGUUAUUUAACACCUACACUUUGCUAAGUAUUAGUUUUUAGACGUUUGAAAAAUAUCAAACAUUUCACCACCUUUAAAGAGACGAAACACUUUGUAACUCCUUCAAUAGCGACUGAGAAGCCCUUAUGUUAACGCCAAAAACUAGUCUUUAAUUUUGAAAUAUGUUAAGGUAUUAAGCCUUAACAUGUUCAUCAAAAUUAAAUGGGCUAACAGACUAGCGAGGAAGAGUUUUUUUUUUAAAAUUUCAAUCGACCGCUUUUUGUCCCAACUAAUAAGCAACAUGUCAUUUUGCAGUAAAUUUAAAUAACUUUUUUUUAAAAUACAGCAUAUUCAGCAUACACAAGGGUGAAGGACAGUUUUGUCCUUUUUCGAACUUCGCUCGUUCCGAUGCAAUAUAGCCAUAUAACGGCCCCAAUAAAGAAAAAAAAACUUCAAAUAUGACUUAACUGUUAAAGGUGGGAAAAAUAGAGGGGCAAGUUUCCUGUGUAUCAGUUGAAGUUACUUUAAACGGAACUUCCUGUUUUUAAAUUGGUAUGAAGCAAUACUUGAUGAUCAGUCCCCGCGUCAUUGUGUUAAGAUGAAAUGUUUCAUAGUGGCCCAUUUAAAGAGGAAUUUAGUCAAACUGCUUAUCAAAUGCUACCCUAUUGAAAGUCGUGGGGUUCUAAAAAUAGGUCAAUCUGCUUCCAAACUCUGGUAGAGGAAGUCCACGAAACUGAUUCUACUGAAUUCAUAAAAGAUCAAACUCUUGCAUCAUCUGAUAGGAAUUUAACUGGCUUCAGCACAAAUCCAAAAAGGACAACAAAUGGAUUCCUCGUAUCUCUUAGCUUGCCUUUUAAAUGCAUUUUUAUCCUACACGGCCACCAUGCUAAAUAUUGUUACAAUCCACGCCAUAAGAAAAACUCCGUCCUUGUCAAAGAAUUUAAAAACAUUGCUCCUUAGGCUGGCUGUUUCUGAUCUUGGUAUUGGUUUAGUGGCGCAACCUUUGUAUGUGGCACGUCUUAUCAUGGCGUCACGGCUAAACAUUGAAACUAGCAAAACGUAUAAUGCCAUUUAUAUCGCGUACCUUAUCCCGACGAAUUUAUUUGCUUUCGCUACGCUGUUUCUCGUCAUUAUUCUUUGUGCAGAGAGAUUUAUAGCCAUUCAUUAUUACUUUAGACAUCAAGAACUUGUGACACACAAGCGAGUUGUUGCUGUUGUCGUCUCAACUUGGGUAUUAAGCGGACUGUUUUCGUUGACGAGGCUGUUGAUCCCACAGAGUAAUAUGUACGUGGUUUUUGGCAUUACACAACUUGCAUGUAUUAUAGCUGCCUUCUUCCUCAGUAUCAGAAUUUACUUGUCCGUGCGACUUCACGUGAACGAAAUACAAGUGUUGCAGCUACAACAUGCACCACAGAACGCUCAAAUGGUUAACGCUCGAACGAUGCGAAAGUUUGCGAUGAUGUCAGUUUACGUUUGCCUUGUUUUAACGGUUUGCUAUCUGCCAAACAUUUGUACACUCUUUGCUAUUGCCUUCACUUUUAGACCAAGCACUGGCAUAAGGCAUUUAAAGUUUUACACUCUGACACUGGUCUUCCUUAAUUCGUCGCUUAAUCCUGUGAUCUACUGCUGGAAGAUGAAACACAUCCGACACACGAUCAUUGGCUUAAUAAGAAAUGCAUUUACGAAGCAAAACUAAAGAGAGCUUCAAAACAAUCCAUCUGGAAAUAAUAAACGAUAUGAAAAAACGACAACAACAACAGCAAGAAACAAUGACAAAUGUAAAAUCGUGUUACGUUAAACUUACAAAAAAAAAAAAGAUACAACAGAAUAACAAUAAAAAUGAACCUUAGAGAUUGUUGUAGUUCUCGUUAGAAUCAAUGAUUUAAAAAACAAUUUGUCUCGGAGAUUGGCAUAACAACAACUUUGCACGUAGAUCACGGCAUCUCUACAUUUCAUUGCUGUCACUGCACGAGUACGACGUGAAACGUCCUAUUUUCACGUUUUAUUGAGGACGUAAACACAAAAAAAGGGAUUUGAUCUACUAUUUGUUCAUGUUUUUAUGACCAAGCCAGAGAUCAUCACCUUUACUUUUUGCACUAACAUCUUCAGAUUGAGCGGAAGGAAAGCCUUGCAGGAGUUUUUUGAACAUUUCGCUUCACAAACUCCGAUAAAGCGACCCCACCGAAAAUACAGAUUGGGCAAUUUCUUUCUGCCGGUGAAUAAGUUUAAGUUUUAUUUUGAAACAAAAACUCCCGUUUUCUAAUUGCUUGGCAGUUUAGAAAAAUACGUCCGACAAUUAUCGGAAGAGUAUUUAAAACACAUAGGACAUCUGCUUUGCCACACAAGCAAUGCCCAUCAUCUGUAAUCGUAUGUUCAGAAAAGAGUUUCACCGUAUCUCAGUUAAAGACGCAUUUUAGUCAGUCAAACUGCUUUUCAUCAAAGUCUAACUUACGAAACGUUUUGGAAGUCUCUGAACUUUAGUCAACCCGUGACGUGGGUUUGGUCAGAUCAUCCUGAGAAGACAAUCGCUUGCAAGGUCCGACAAGAAUUUGCUUGCUUCAAGCGCCGCAACUACCCGAAAAGGUCAUCAAAUGGAUUGGUCAUAUCUCAUGCUUUGCAUAUUAAACGCGUACUUGUCCUACACCGCCACCAUGCUGAACAUUGUAGCUAUCUACGCGAUCAGAAAGACUUCGUCUUUGUCCAAAAAUUUAAAAACAUUGCUCUUGAGCCUUGCUGUUUCUGAUCUCGGUGUUGGUUUACUAGCUCAACCAAUGUUUGUUGCAAAUCUUUUGGACUCAAAACAAAACAAUGAAACCAAUGAAUCUUAUAACGCCAUACAUAUCGCUUGUCUUAUCCCAACGAAUUUCUUCACUUAUGCGUCAUUGUUUAGCGUCACGGCUCUCUGUGCAGACAGAUUUUUGGCAAUUCGCCUUCACCUCAGAUAUCAGGAACUAGUGACAGACAAGCGCGUUGCUGCUGUAGUGGUCUUAAUUUGGGUGAUAAGCGCACUUAUUUCACUGAUCAGGUUAUUCAUCCCAAAAGAUAUCAUGUACGUGAGUUUCGUCAUUAUUCAAUCUGCCUGUAUUAUAACUGCAACUUCCCUGAGCGGCAAACUUUAUCUAACUAUAAGACGCCACAUAAACCAAAUUCGCGUCCAGCAAGAAGCGCAGAAUGACCAAGGAGAAAGUGUUCAAAGAAAAAGGAAAUCUGCGAUGGCAUCGCUUUACGUAUAUCUGGUUUUCAUAGUUUGCUAUUUGCCUAAUAUUUGUGUGUUAAUUAUUAUCGCUACCGAUCCCGAGCGAAGCAACAGUCUACGGCCUUCACAGUUUUAUACUCUGACCCUGGCAUUUCUUAAUUCAACACUUAAUCCACUGAUCUACUAUUGGAAGAUGAAAGACAUUCAACACACUAUUGUAGGCACACUACGCAAUCUUUUUUCAAGUCCCACCUAG